GCAGCCGUGCCCGUAGCACGAAACUGCCCUUUCACAAACGUUUGCCAUUCGAUCAAUAUUCCCGAUGUCACAGCCUCUUCCGGAACGGGAGAUAUCUUCCUCCAGAUCACAGCCCCGACGUCGUACUCAUAUGCCGCACUCGGACAAGGUCCUGCCAUGGCCGGUGCCAACAUCUUCGUCAUUUACCCAUCAUCCGACGGGAAAAAUGUCACUUUGUCGACCCGCCAAGGUGUCGGCAACAUACAACCGCUGCAUACCACGGCGGUGCAAGCAGUCCUCUUGGAGGGCUCGGGCGUCUCCAAUGGAAUCAUGACGGCAAACAUCAAGUGCAGCAACUGCAACAGCUGGGAUGGAGGUUCCAUGGAUUUCUCCAAGUCAUCCACCGACUGGAUCUACUCCGUAGGCUCUGGCUCUCCGUUCAAGAGUGACGCUCUCGACGCCACCAUCACAUACCACGGCCCCUCGGGAAGGUCUAGCUUCGUCUGGGAUUUAUCCCCAGCCAAGGGCGGCAGCUCAGUCAACCCGUUCGUCGCCGUACGCACAAACGGCGGCAAUGUGACCAGCGGCGGCAAUGCGACCAACGGCGGCAAUGCGACCAACGGCGACAAUGCCCCCAACGUCACGACCACAAGCACUGGAAGCAGCAGCGGUUCCUCCCCCAGCGCCAGCUUCGACCCGGAAAAGUUCGACCGCAUCCUCCUAGCACACGGCGUCAUCGCCGGCCUCGUCUUCCUCGGCCUCUUCCCCAUCGGCGGCAUCGUGAUCCGGCUCUUCAGCUUCGCUGGCGUGAUUUGGGUGCACGCCGCGAUCCAGGCGAUCGGCCAUCUCCUCUUCAUCGUCGCCUUCGGCCUCGGGGUCUGGAUGUGGAUGACCUUGCCACUGGACAGCCUCGUGCACCCGAUCCUCGGCUCCAUCAUCUUCGCGAUCCUGAUCAUCCAGCCCCUGACCGGCUUCCUGCACCAUCGCCUCUUCGUCCGGUCGCACGCCAACGCUGCCGCCGCCGAGAAGCCCGCCGGCCGCACGGCGGUCUCCUGGAUCCACAUCGGCACCGGCCGCGUGGCGAUCCUCGCCGGCAUCAUCAACGGCGGCCUCGGGCUGUGGCUCGCGGGCGUCAUGGGCGCCGGGAACAUCGCCUACGCGGUCUUGGCGGCGUUCAUGGGUUCGUUGUACAUCGUGUCGAUCGUGAUCGGAGAGCGACGUCGG